AUGGUGCGGUUCUCACAGAAGAGAAAGGUUGAUAUAAAAAUGAGGAGUUUUUUCAGUAAGAUAGUGCUGUGCUGUGCGGGAACUGAUCCGUCAUGUGCUAGUUGUCCCUCCGGAAGACCCUCUUUAAUCGUCCCAAACACUCCCCCUUUGGAGCGGAAGAGGCGGUCUGUGGAGCGGAAGAGGCGGUCUGUGGACGAAGGAGUUGAGCUUAAUGCCCCGACUGUCAUUGUUGUUGAUAUAGACUCCUGGGAUAGUGAUGACAAUGAGGGUUCAGACGCUUAUAAGACAUUGGUAAAGACAGAGAGUGUGAUCAGAGAAUGUAAGGACAAUAAUUUAUCAGAAUCAUAUGGGACGGUAGCUGCCGGGAUUGUACCGAUAACAAACCGAGCCCCUUCUCCCACCUCCAACAAAACAUCACCCUACCCUAAACUAGAUAUGAUGGAAUACACUUUCAGUGGAACACUCGAACCUACAAAGAAAUCUUCCAUAAAGAUCCCUAGAUUAGCCCCUGUGAUAUGUGUCUCCUCUCCUAGCGGUACUAACACUGACUACAUUACACAUGAGUCAAGCAGUGGGGAGGAAACUACCGUGGUGUCUCCUCCUGUGUUACAACACGUAGAAAGUGGGGUGACGGGACGAGUUGUGGCGCGGUUAAACGGUAAACGUGCACGUGUAGGGGGAGCGUGGAACAAGAGGAAGCUGAAGAGGACUGACUUGAAGUCAAACUCUGUUCUGGAUGCAUCAGAAAUGCGUCUCCUUAUAGAAGAUGAUAAUACGAUAUCAGACUACGAUACAGCUUCUUUAGAGGUAAAGAGUCUGCAGAGUAAAAGGGUAGUUUACCUCUCCAAACACCUCAUCCACAGCCCAAAUGGUCUGACGGAUCCACUAAAAAGGGUGCUGCUGGCAGUGGAAGCCCCCGCUCUGGGCGGCAACACCCUCACUCCCACCAUCCCUGAAGAUGACACAGUCAUGGAGAAGCUUCUCAAGGUCAAGGCAGGAGACCAGCCUUUAAACACGAGACCGCUAGUUCGGCAAGGAGGAGUAAAAAGGAAACUGAUCCGAGCUGUCAGCAAUGCUGAUCCCUCUAAGAAUCUCGAUAUUCUGGUGGAAACUAAACCUACCGAACAUGCAUUUAACAGUUCAGAGGAAAAGAGAGCCUCGAUCCGUAAGACGAAAGUGGAUAACAUAAAACGAGCAGCAGUGUGUUCACUAUACUUACAACAACGGCAAAAGGGAUAUAAUCAGAACACGUCCCCUGCGGUAUCCCCCACAACAAGAGUGCCCCCACCUCUCACCCCCCUUUUCUCCCCCACAAUCCCCAUCAUCACCCGCCCCCGGACGGAUAAGAAGACUAACUUCGCUUCAACUGAGAUAAGAGAGGACGAUGAGGAUCUUCAGUCUGUAUUGAGCCGGAGUAGGAGUUUCGCCCCGAAGAAACCAAUAAAACAGAGAGAAGCCUCCAGAACAAACAGCUGUCUUGCUAGAUAUAUCUGUCUGCCAGAAAUGAGUGUCAGAGAUGAGAUCAAGUGGGCUAGGAGGAGUAUCAAGUUAUAUCGAGAGUUCAGUCAAUUGUCAGUGGACAACAGGACUGACUCGUUAUUGAAUCUGGAUAAUCUGUUCUCGGACGAUUUCGAUAGAGAUGACGACAUUUUCAAAACAGUAGUGGAAGCUGAAGAUGAGGACAUGAGCGAUGUUGAUGAUAGUGACGAUGAAAUGAGUGGAAAUGGGUUCGACUACCUUUGUAGUCUCAGUUCUCUGUACCGAACAACGUGUCCCUACAAGAAGUUUGGGGAGACUAAACUAAAGUUCCCGUUUGGAGUUUGCUGUAAUGAUGCUGGAGAUGUUUUCGUAAGCGACUGGGAGGCUGGACUUAUUUAUCAGCUUGAGAACGUGGAAGAUGAGUUGAAGUGUACGAGAAUGUUCCCCAAGGCGUUUGGAGUAUGUGCAGCUGGUAACGAUGUGUUUGUCACCUCAGAAGAGGACCAGCAUCUCUACAUGCUACGAUCAGAUUCACCAGACCUAAAGACAGAUCUGGGUCACUUCCCCUCCCCUGAUGGGAUAUGCUACAUGAACGGUUACAUUUACGUAGUAGAAGAGCAGAACAACAGAGUUAUAGGACUCACUAGCUUCGGGGAUACAUACUGUAUGUUUGGGGACGAUAAUGGUCCUUUCACCUUGAAUAAACCUGGAGGUAUAGCAGUGUACCCCGAGAAGGAACUACUGAUAGUCUGUGACCGGGGCAACAAGAGAAUCAGCAUAUGGGACAAGCUAGGAAACCCAGUAGACACCAUUGCACUACCCCAGCAUCCUGAUUGUUGCAGUUACGCAGGCUACGGUAUACUGGUAGUAGGAACCAGUCAGGGAGAGGUCCUCUUUAUUGACCUGGACUGCAAACAACACGUGUUUACUUGGACUAACAAGCAGCUUAAGAACCCUGGAUUUAUUACUGGAGUAGCAGUUGACAACAGACAAAACGUCUACAUCUGCGACCCAAAGAACCAUCGUGUGAUAAAAGUGUACAGGUGAAAAGGACUUGCCUCUGUAUAGAUACACUACUCAUUCUAGGAGAUUCAGAUAUUGACGAAAGAAAGAUUCCGAGGAGAAGCAUUUUCACGACAGUUAGGAUUUUUAACAUUGAUUGCAGAUAGACGAGAGAAUGAACGAUUUUUUGAUUUUUUAAAGCUUGGUUUUUAAGAUGGUUGCUAUGGUAAUUGUAUACCGAGCUUGUAUUUAGGUUAGAGAAGACUUUAUUGUCUGCUGAAUAAAUAAA